AUGUUGAUGAGGGCAGUGCUCAGAAAGGGGGGUGUUCAGUAUGCGAAGUGCUAUGGGAAAUAUGUCGGAUUUGGUGUUGUGCCGGUGGUAGAGUAUAGGAGUAGGCAGGAGCGUUCAAUGUUGGUGGUUGGGGCGGCGAGACGUGGGUAUGGCAGUGGCAGUGGUAAAGGAUCUUUGAAGACGGAUGGGAUUGAUGGUGCGGAGAUAGAAGGUGGCAAGCACGGUGACGUUCCGGCUGUGAAUGGGAAAGCCGGGAAGCCGAAGGAUUCAUUGUGGAGCAAGGUAAAACAUGAGGUCAGACACUAUGUGAAUGGUACAAAGUUACUAGGGUAUGAGAUUAAAGUUUCGAUGAAGCAUUUGAUGAAAUUUGCCAAAGGGUAUGAGUUGUCUAGACGUGAAACGAAACAAUUGAAGAGGACUAUGAGUGAUGUGUUCCGGUUGGUACCGUUUUCGGCAUUUUUGAUUAUUCCAUUUGCAGAGUUACUGCUACCGGUGGUGCUUAAAAUUUUCCCAAAUAUGUUGCCCUCAACAUAUGAAUCUGGGAAACAAAAGGAGAAGAAGAUUGUAAAGUUCGAUGAAAUCAGACAGAAGACGUCGAAUUUUCUUCAAGAAACCCUUGAAGAAUCGUCUUUGAUUUCUUAUAAUUCGUUGGAAAGCUCAGAGAAGAAGAAGAAGUUUCUCAACUUUUUUAGGAAUCUCAAUUCGCCUAAGGAUAACAAGGUUAACAUCUUUACACAUGAUGAUAUCGUCACCAUUGCAAAAAUGUUUAAAAACGACACAGUUCUGGAUAACUUGUCUCGUCCACAGUUGGUUGCAAUGGCAAAGUACAUGUCUUUAAGACCCUUUGGCACGGAUGCUAUGCUGCGUUACCAGAUUCGAUACAGCCUGAAAAUCAUCAUGGAUGAUGACAAGGUAAUUGACUACGAGGGUGUUGAAUCAUUGUCAAUGGAGGAGCUAUAUCAGGCGGCUACUUCCAGAGGUAUUAAGACUUUCGGGGUUUCCCGUGAGGAAUUAGUGCAAAAUAUGAAAGUUUGGUUAGAACUCAGAUUAAGGCAUCGAGUCCCAAGUGUGUUGAUGAUUUUAUCAAGUGCGUACACUUUUGAUGGUUUGAAAACAGACCAAAGUAACCAGGCCGCUCAAACAUCCGCACAGGCAAAAGACGACAAGUUUAACAAGCAGUUGGAUUUGUAUUACGACGGCUUACUUCAGGUGUUGAGUUCUAUUCCUGACCCGGUUUACAAUGUUGCAAAGUUGGAUGUUUCUACUCAUAAGGAACAGAAGCCUGCCGCUGAGGCUCACGAAGGUGAAACACACCCCGUAACCACAGCUGCACAAGAUCCUGUCACUGCACGUACUACCCCUCAGUAUUCGGAGAAGGUUAAGACACCCUCAGAAAAGGAACUUGUACAAGAAGAAUAUGUUCAGUCAUCAUCGGAUGAUAACGAAUUCAAAUUGAAUGUAUUGAAAGAACAGGAAGAAUUGAUCAGGAAAGAAGAAGAGGAAGCCAAGCUGAGGAAAAGCUCUGAAGUCGUUGAGGACAACAUCACUCUAGAUGAGGAAGAAGUUUCUACUACCACCCUCACUCAGGGUAAAGGGGAGCGGGAGGGCUUAGAGAAAUAA